GAAACAACAAAAAACGAGCGCGAAGAAGUCAAUCAAAUUGCACAAUAUGUCAGGUAUUGGAUAUUGAAGACUAGGUACCACAACAACGGUCACCGCAGUAAUUUCGAAUGGAUAACCACUUGGGUCCACCGACUUAUAACUACUUUACCAAAGAAAAGCCACAAACAACAAAUCAGCAGUAUGGCUUUUUCUAUCGAGAAGAGCAAUUUGGUGACGUCGAUACUCUUCAAAACAAGGCUGCUUGUAAUGAAAUGGUGACGUCUUCGCAUUCACUUAAGCACCACCCGAAAUUUCGACCAUCAAAACUCAGGCCACCAUUACCUACAAAGCACAAAAAGGAAUGUGAAGUUGGUGGCGGAAGAAAGUACCCAGAUACGCGUUUAACUCGAGUCAAAGGUAUUCAACUAUGGCAUGCCCAUACAGGAUCAUUAGUUCACGUUGAACCUUAAGGUUUUUGACCGAGAGGCCACUUCAUUUUCGGGAACCAGAACAAUAUUUUUAUUUUAUUUUAAGAAAUAUUUAUGCUUAAUAAAUAUUUAUAGAUCAUUAAUAUUAUAUAAUCGUGUUUUAAUUAAGGUAUCUAUGUUAAAUUAAGCUUUAAAAAGAACUCAAAAAUUUUCAUCAAGUUUUAUAGUGCUUUGCUGCGGAGGACGUCCUGAAAAUAUGUAGGACAGCAUGUUUUUAUAGAAAAAUGCCUGUCUCUUUUGUGCAAUCAUUAAUGUGGCAUAUAAAGUAAAGCAUUACUGAGUUUAAAAGUCAUAGUAAGCUCUGACGCCGUGAGAGAGGAUUUCAAUAUAUUCAGUCUAAUCCUGUUAAGUGUAUGGAACUCACGUAAGCCGAAUAUAUUUAUCAUUAUGAUAAAAAUAGAUGACAUUAGUUGAGAAUUCGCGAGUGACGAAUCUUACCAUACCUCCAUAACUAAAACUGAAACUAGACCAACUUAUCUUACGAAUAACUUAUGCAGUCCCCCUUGAUAAGAUUUUUCUUAAUAGCCUUUUAGCAAAUAUGGAGCAUGUUAAGAUGAGAUCUUAUAAUUAAGACUGACGAAUAAAUUAUAUAAAAUACAGUGACUUGGAUAUGAUGGGCAAUGCUCCUAAAUAUAGAGGAAACAUUAAUAUCUCUGACAUCAGACUUAGAGUUCACCCGUUGACAGGUAAAUGUCUAGCAUAUACGUAUUUUAUCACUAGGGCAGUGGAGGAGGUUAGAUAAAACUUUCGUAAGAUUAGUAGUGGCAUGAUACUCAGGCUGGCAAUAACCUGCAAAAAGAGAAAGCGUGAGCUCAUCAUAAACUUUAAAAUGAAGACAGAAAGUUGACUAUUCCAUUGAUAAUUACUCCAGUUUGUACUUCCAUAAAGAUCACUGUAUUUAAGGGGGCUUGAUAAGAAUUGUAUCACAUUUUCCCUCCGAAGUUUUAACGAUAAAAAAAUUGGCAAGGCAAGUGAAACCCCAUCGUGUUUGUUCGUUCAUAUCCAUGGCAAUUUUUGUAUGAAUUUUGGAGACUACGGCUCUAAAAAGUAGCACAGUUUAAAUAUAUAUAUGCGUAGAAGUAUCUACUCAUUUUGUAGAGUGUUGAUGUAAUAUCAUUUGUAACUCCAUGGUUCAAUAAGAAAGGUAAGAUUUAAUGCUAUCUCGUCAAAAGUAUAUAAUAACCUGACUUCUAACUAGGUACUCAUUUCUUUGAUCAAGCUAGUGAGCGUUAAUACUUUUCUAAUGCUGGCUUAACAAUGUGUAUUACCGUACCAGACGAUAAUAACAGUUUUCAAUUGGAUGGAGUAAAUGCUUUCAAGUUGAUAAGGUAUAGCACUGUAAUCACACCGUACGUGCAAUGUUGAUCAUACAAUUCUAAAGCAAUUCCGAACUUAUUCCACUACAAUCGCUAGAUAUUCGAUUACCAAUGUCGAUAUAAAUCUAAUGCAAUUAUAAACGGGUCUUAUUCCGGUUUUAAUCCAAUCCUAUUAUUAUUAUAGUCCACUUAUAUCCAUGCAGUACAAUCAUGGUUUAAUUAUUUUUUUACUUUUACAUAUGCUAGUGAAUCUAAUUACCGGAAUAUAAUUUAGUGAUAUUUGUAUUCUCGUCCUUACUUAAUUGAUCUCUCCUCGAUCAUUAAUUAUAAAGAUAACAACUAAAAACAUAAUUUGCACAAAUAAAAAAGUAACAGAAUAUUCUAGCGAAUAUACUGACAUCCAUGUUUUGAAGAGCUUAACCACUCAUAUAAUACAUUUUAAA